AUGACACGUCCUCACUCUCGUGUUUUGGCCAUCACGUUUGUUAUAGUCAUAUGUAUCCUGUGUUCUACCUACAUAUAUAAUAAUCAUAAAAGGAGCGUGAACAUCGUUAAACGUAAAGGUUUUUCUUCUGAACUGCAAUACUUCGAUAUUAGGGCCUCAUCACCGAACUCUACUUGUCGCCAUACAAAACAAAGUCCCAUACUCGUUGUUGACGAACUAGGAUAUCUGUGUAAUUAUUUUAAUCUCCUGACGAAUAGUUGUUGCCCGUUUCAAAACUUAACACAGCGCUUUUUUUGUCAUUCAUGCAAGUCUAACCACUGCUGUUCUAUCUACGAGCAUUGUGUUUCUUGCUGCUUGAAUCCAAUUAAUAAAUCCCUGUGGGAUAAAGUUCAAAAUCUUAGUGCUAACAAUAAACGUCAUCUACAAUUAGCUACAGAUGCAUUCGAAUUUUGUGUUGCAGUUUGUAGAACUUCUUCACUAACUGUCUUGCAUGAAAAUCGAAUUUUUAUAGAUUUCAUCAACAUGUUGUCAUUAGAUCAUUGUAAAAAUUUGGCCUACUAUCUACUAACUACAAAUUAUGCUCCAUAUCAGAAUGAAAAGUUGAAACACUUGUUUGAUAAUAUUAAUAAUGAUAAAAGCCGUAAAACACAGAGAAAACCUCUUUUAAAAGCUCCUACUACUGCAAACACCACUAACAGUGUUACUGUCAACAUAUCAUCAUAUGGAGAUAAUUCCUUGCCUGUAUUAUCUAAAAAUAUUCAACAAAAGAAGCAUUAUAAUUUCUUAAUAAAGAUGCUUAAACGUGACAGUCUGUUGCCAGAAUCACUAUGGAAUAACGUUUAUAAUCAACUAUGUGAUAAUUUUGUUUAUGAAUUAAAUUCUUUGCAUCGGGGUUUUCAUCAACUCACAUCUACCAGUACAUUUGUUAAUUAUGUUAUUCAAUAUCUGGGACGUUCAUUUAGUAUGAAACAUAAUAUUAUUCAGUUAACCGAUAUUGGAUUAUCAGAGUCAUUUAAACAUAAUAAUAUUGACAAUACUUCAGUUGAUGGGAAAACAAAAGAACAAAUAUUAUCACACUUGACAGAGGCUCUUGCAAAUACCUUAUUAAAAUAUCCAAUUCAUCUAGCUUAUAAAAGAUCACCUUCAGGCUUAGAAACUGGCAUAUCGUAUGUCUCUACAUUUCGUAAACAAUGCAAGGAAGUUCUAGAAUAUUGUCUAUCACAUUUCGAGGCAAAUUAUUUAGUAUAUACUAUGAGGAAGGAUAAAAUUUACAACUUAUCCAAUAUUUCAACGAAUGAUAAUGAUAAUGAUGAUGAUAAUAUUUCGUCUAGUUCGUAUACAAAUUCAAUGGAUAAUACACACUAUAAUAAUUAUUCUAUUGCUGAAUUGGUUAGAAAUUAUGAUGGACUUCAAGAACAUAUUGCGUCUACUAGAACUAAUGAUUCAAUAGCCAACUGA